AUGAUGGUAUAUGACGCUCGGAAAACUCUCGCCGUCUUCGUUCUAUACUGGAUCACCACAGAAGAUGGUCACAAGUAUCACCUCAACUCCAACGCGGGGCUCCGCGGAUCAGCCAUGCUGGGCUCCUUUGUGUCCUUCAACGAUCUCGGGAACCGAAGCGCACGAGGUGGUUCGAUCCUAGAACCGGGAUCCGGAAGCUCCGAGUAUCUCAACAUGCAAAGCGCGACCCAGACUGUUGUUGGUCCCACGACCGGGGACAAGUGGACCGGUACACGUCUGACGCUGGACCUCGUCGGUAUCAAGCUGGACGUCACGUUCCGGCCAACAGGCGGCAACUUUUACUACGGCGGAGGCGGUGGCAUUCAGCUCACCAACAGGGGCCCCGACCCCACGUAUGCCACGUCCCUUCCUGGGUGGUCCUGGUACUGGGCGAAUCCGACCACCCGCCUGACCGGAACGAUUACCAUCGACGGGAAGACGGCCAACAUCGACCCGGAACAGUCCUACGCGCUUUUCGAACGACAGUGGGGCAACUUCCACAUUGGAAAAGGCUCCUACGCGCUCUGGUUCUACCUGGAGACCGGGGAGGUGCUCAUCUCGUGGAACAUGGAGCCGGACCUGGACGGCGUGUCAAGGACGGCGUUCGCGUCCGUGUGGCAUCCCAGCGGCCUGCACGAGAUGAUCCCCGUCGGCCCUGAGAGCCGCGCCUCGGAAAUCAGCACCAGCCCGACAACCGGUCUGAAGUACUUCAACCGUUUCUAUCUGGAUCUUCCGGCUCGGGACGCCGAGUUUACCUUCCACAAGUGGAUUCCCGAUGCGGAACUGACGCCUACGCUUCCGGAACAGAAGAACCAGUACAUUACGAUUUCCGAGUCGUACGGAGAAGGCACUGGGCGGUGGAACGGAAAGCAAGUCAAACUACAAGGACAUGUGGAGCAACUAUCUAUGCUGAAAUGA